GAGCUAACUCCUAUCCUCACCUAAUCUAUGUCGAUGACAUAUAUUAUAUUAUGUACAAUUAUUAAUUAGUAUAAUCUUUGCUUCAUGAUUCAUCAUUCUAGGAAGAGAUAGUAUAGUUUUAAUUGCAUGUUUAAGCUUGUAAUCAGCUUCACAGGCCUGUGAAUUAUUUUUCAUGUAUCACAGGAUGAUCUCUGAGCUGUAAUCUGCCUGUUGUUUGGCCCCACAUUGGACAAUUGCAGAUUAGUUACAUAGAACAAAGACCCUGUUCAGAUCAAUCAUUGGAAUACUUAAAUCAAUGAACUAAUGAACUCAAAUCUCUUACAACAUUCCAUUCUACAGAAGUUGGUGUAUAUAAAUAAGUUCUCAAAGUACUCUUUUGUCAUUGAGUAAGCUGUCAACAUUCUUCAACUUGUAUCAAAAAACCCUUCAGCCUUCCUUUGUUACCCUUUUCGCGAUUAGCUUACAAUCAAAAUAACAUUAAUGGGGGCAUUCCUUGAUGGAGAAUGGGAAUCCAUUUGUAAACUGUUUACAGUGGAUGAGUCCCCUGAUCUUUCUGCUAACUUGUUUGAAUAUUCAUCUCCUGCAAAUGAGCUGGAUGAGAGUCCGGCUUUUGCAGCAUCAUCGAGCUUUUCUCAUGUAGAUAUAAAUUCUUUUUCUACCUUAAGUGGAUGGAUAUCUAAACCUCCACAUAAUUUCUUAGAAACUAGAAAGCAUACUAACACUGAUAGUUUUGCUGAUAAUUUUCUUCCUGAAGCCACUGACAUCUUAUCCUGCAUUGAUUUCUCAAUGGUGAAUGGGGAGAUUGAUGGCUUAUUUAGCCUUCCCUUUCUUCAGAAUACAAGAAAUGAUACAAUGUCCGGUGAUGAUGAUGUUCAUACUAAUAAUGCUGUCAAUAUGUCAUCAGCCACUACCGAGUUAACCCUCAAGAGGAAACGCGAGGUGCCUCUCCUUCAAGACAAUAAAGAUGAAAAGACGAGCUUAAUGGAAACACCAAAGAAAAAUGCUCGUACUUCAAAACAUGGUCUUAAGGACAAGAAGAAGGCUAACCAGAAAACUGAGGAAGAAAUUACUGCAACUGUUAUAACCAAGGAGACUAACGAAAAUGCAGAUUCGAAUUCAGAUGAUUCUAUUCCCUGUGCUUCAGAAGAGAUUACUGAAACAGAAGACUCGAAUUCCAAUAUAAGUGUGUCUCAGUCUUCUACCGGUAAAAAAAGAGCAAACAGGGGUGCUGCAACUGAUCCUCAGAGCCUCUAUGCACGGAAGAGGAGGAUGAGGAUCAAUGAGAGAUUAAGAAUCUUACAGAACCUUGUACCUAAUGGAACCAAGGUUGAUAUCAGUACAAUGCUUGAAGAGGCAUUUCAUUAUGUAAAGUUUUUGCAGCUGCAAAUCCGGCUCUUGAGCUCUGAUGAUUUAUGGAUGUAUGCUCCCCUUGCUUACAAUGGACUCGACGUUGGAGCAUUUCAGAGGAUGUCUCCUUUUUUCAGCCUUUAAGAGCAACUAUUCAAUUGAUUUUUCUUCAUCUUGCUUCAUGUAAUUAUCUGUGACUGUCCAUCAUGACAUGGUAACCGAAGGAUGAAGAUGAAACAAAUCCUGCGAUACCUCUCAAAGGAUCUUUUUAGCUAUUUAGAUUAGUUAUUUGACUUACUGUUUUAUCUGUUUGUUUCAAAAUGAAAUGGCAGCUAACUUACACGAUGAUGAAAAAUAUCAUCUAUUCUUAUGUAAUCUCUUUAUAUAUAUAUACACCUUUUGUAACCAAAGUAUAGAAAUGUAUUAAUAAAAAUGGUACGUUGUUUCGAGAGAAUGAUCAGAAUAAGUGGAGUUCAUUUAUCAUAAACUCGUGGGUACUAUGUAGGGAUGGGCAAGGGUAGGGUUUGGGUCGGGUCCAGCUGGACCCUAGACCCGGACCCUAAAUAUUUUUGCAGAUCCAGACUCGGACCCGGAUCCUAAGGGUCUGAAAAAAUUGGACCCUAACCCGGACCCUCAGAGUCUGGAGGGUCUGGAGGGUCUAGAGGGUCUGGAGGGUCCAGGCCUAAAUUUUUUAUUUUGCUAAAUUUUCAGCAUUAUUAAUAUCAAUAAUCAUCUGAAAUUCGCAUAAAACAAACACAAAAAAUCGCAUGAAACAAACACAAACAUAUAAAUUGAAAAAAAACGAAACAAACACAAACACAAACUUAUAAACUGAAAAAAAAAAGAAACAAACACAA